GCGCCGCUUCCGACCCCUGUCCCGCUUCCACGGCUGCUGGCGGCGGUGGCGUCUACAUUUCGGUACGGGUGGCCGCGCGACCCUGGGAUAGUCUGUAGAGGAUGCAAAAUGCGAGAAUCCCCCACUCAAGUCAAACUCAGGAACAAGACUGUUUGCAAAGUCAGUAUGUCAGUGAUAGACAAGAAAUGACAAUCAAGCAAGAGAAUGAUGACAAUGCAGAGGUGGAGGAAAGCCUCCCCUCUUGUUCCUCUGCUAAUGGACCAUCCACUUCUGCUGAGGGGUGUUCAUCGGAAGUUCCAAGGAGAGGGCCGGCUCUGCUGCACAUCGACAGACAUCAGAUACAGACGGUGGAGCCGAGUGCGCAGGCCCUUGAACUGCAGGGGUUGGGUGUGGAUGUGUACGACCAGGACGUGCUGGAACAGGGUGUGCUUCGGCAAGUGGACAGUGCCAUUCAUGAGGCCAGCCGUGCGGCCCAGCUUGCAGAUGCGGAGAAGGAGUAUCGAUCAGUUCUGGAUGACCUCACGUCAUGUACAACAUCCCUAAAGCAAAUCAAUAAAAUUAUUGAACAACUUAGCCCUCAAGCUGCUACCAACAGAGACAUCAACAGGAAACUAGAUUCUGUAAAACGACAGAAGUAUAAUAAGGAACAACAGCUAAAGAAGAUCACAGCAAAACAAAAACGUCUCCAGGCCAUCCUUGGAGGAGCAGAGGUUCAAGUUGAACUAGAUCAUGCCAGUCUGGAGGAGGAGGGUGUAGAACCGGGGCCGUCCUGUCUUGGCAGCAUGCUCAUGCCUGUCCAGGAGACGGCUUGGGAAGAGCUCAUCCGCACGGGCCAGAUGACACCUUUUGGAACCCAGAUCCCUCAGAAACAGGAGAAGAAGCCUAGAAAGCUAAUGCUCAAUGAAGCAUCAGGCUUUGAAAAGUAUUUGGCAGAUCAAGCGAAAUUGUCUUUUGAAAGGAAGAAGCAAGCUUGUAAUAAAAGAGCAGCUAGAAAAACCGUGGCCUCGGUCACUUCGGAACUGAGCGCAUCACUCCCAGAAAACAAACCAAAUGAGCGAAGCAAAGUUCUCUCAAAAACAGAUAAGCGCUUGAAAAAACACAUCAAGAAGCUCCAGAAAAGGGCUCUUCAUUUCCAGGGGAAAGUGGGCUUGCCAAAAGGAAAGAAACCUCUGGAGUCUGACAUGAGGCCAAAGGCAGAGGGUGACUCUGAGGGUGAUGAGUCCGAGUACUUACCCACAGAGGAGGAGCUGGAGGGGGCGGGGGGUGCCGAGCUGCCGGGAGAGGGCACACACUAUGACCUGAAGCCCGGGCUCACGCCCCGGAAACGGCAGAGAAAAGUCACGGUACAGGAGAUCGAGGAUGACUUUUUUCCAAGUUCUGGGGAGGAAGCAGAAGCCGCCUGUGGUGGAGGAGGUCGGAAAGUAGUGAGAUGCCGAGAUGAUGGAGAUGAAGAUUAUUAUAAGCAGCGGUUAAGGAGAUGGAAUAAGCUGAGGCUUCGGGACAAAGAGAAGUGUCUGAAGCUCGAAGACGAUUCUGAGGAGAGCGAUGCGGAGUUCGAUGAUUUUAAAAUGCCGGGUUUUCUGUUCAAAAAGCUUUUUAAGUACCAGCAGACAGGUGUUAGGUGGCUGUGGGAAUUGCACUGCCAGCAGGCAGGAGGAAUUCUGGGAGAUGAAAUGGGAUUGGGCAAGACCAUCCAGAUAAUUGCCUUCUUGGCAGGUCUGAGCUACAGCAAGAUCAGGACUCGUGGUUCAAAUUACAGGUUCAAGGGGUUGGGUCCGACUAUAAUUGUCUGUCCAACGACAGUGAUGCAUCAGUGGGUGAAGGAAUUUCAUACAUGGUGGCCUCCGUUCAGAGUGGCAAUUCUACAUGAAACCGGCUCCUAUACUCAAAAAAAGGAGAAACUAAUUCGAGAUAUUGCUCAUUGUCAUGGCAUUUUGAUCACUUCUUACUCCUACAUUCGGCUAAUGCAAGAUGACAUUAGCAGACAUGACUGGCACUAUGUGAUCUUGGACGAGGGGCACAAAAUUCGAAAUCCAAAUGCUGCUGUCACUCUUGCUUGCAAACAGUUCCGCACCCCUCAUCGCAUCAUCUUGUCUGGCUCACCAAUGCAAAAUAACCUCCGGGAGCUGUGGUCGCUCUUUGACUUCAUCUUCCCAGGAAAGUUAGGCACAUUGCCCGUGUUCAUGGAGCAGUUCUCGGUCCCCAUCACCAUGGGGGGAUAUUCAAAUGCCUCCCUGGUGCAGGUUAAAACAGCUUAUAAAUGUGCGUGUGUCCUACGAGAUACCAUAAAUCCAUACCUGCUGCGGAGAAUGAAGUCAGAUGUCAAAAUGAGCCUUUCUUUGCCAGAUAAAAAUGAACAGGUCUUAUUUUGCCGUCUUACAGAGGAACAACAUAAAGUCUACCAAAAUUUUAUCGAUUCCAAAGAAGUUUACAGAAUUCUCAAUGGAGAUAUGCAGAUUUUCUCUGGACUUGUAGCCCUAAGAAAAAUCUGCAACCACCCUGAUCUCUUUUCUGGAGGCCCAAAGAAUCCUAAAGGUAUUCCAGAUGAUGAACUAGAAGAAGAUCAGUUUGGAUACUGGAAACGCUCUGGGAAAAUGAUAGUAGUUGAGUCCUUGUUGAAAAUAUGGCACAGGCAAGGUCAACGAGUAUUGCUAUUUUCUCAGUCAAGACAAAUGUUGGAUAUACUUGAAGUAUUCCUUAGAGCUCAAAAGUAUUCUUACCUCAAGAUGGAUGGUACCACUGCAAUAGCUUCAAGACAACCACUGAUUACAAGAUAUAAUGAGGAUACAUCCAUAUUUGUGUUUCUUCUGACCACUCGGGUGGGUGGCAUAGGAGUCAACCUGACGGGGGCAAACAGAGUCAUCAUCUAUGAUCCUGACUGGAACCCAAGCACAGACACACAGGCCCGGGAGCGCGCAUGGAGGAUAGGCCAGAAGAAGCAAGUGACGGUGUACAGGCUGCUGACUGCGGGCACCAUUGAAGAAAAGAUUUACCACCGACAAAUUUUCAAACAGUUUCUGACAAACAGAGUGCUGAAAGAUCCGAAGCAAAGGCGAUUUUUCAAGUCCAAUGAUCUUUAUGAGCUGUUCACUCUGACGAGUCCUGACGCAUCCCAGAGUACUGAAACAAGUGCUAUUUUUGCAGGAACUGGCUCAGAAGUUCAGGCUCCCAAGCUCCAUUUAAAAAGAAAACUUCCGCCGGCCUUUGGAGCAGACCAUAAUGUUCCAAUAUGCAAAAAGUUUCCUGAUUCUAAUGUAUCCACAAACGAGGCCACAUCAUCUAAAGAGAAAUCUACAGCUAUAGGAGCUGAAGUGAAUGCAGUAACUUCUGAUCCAUGCAAUCCUUUGAAAGAUGCCCCCCAAAUCCCUAGAACUCCACCUGGCAGUGAUGGGCCUAGAGAAGACAUGAACACAGUGUCUAGGCUAGAGGAAUCAUCCGUGAUUAGUGGACAUGGGGAUUGUUCAGAUUCUCUGAGAAUCAGUAAAAUGGACGGGCUGUCUAGUGAGGAAAACAUCAAUGAAAAGCAGGGUCUUUCCGACAGAAGAGAAAGCUGCCAGGCUCAGACAGAGCCUCUUUGGGAGAAUAAGCCAUCGGAAAGUAAUUUUUCUAAGCACAAGUCAAAAACGAAACAUAGUGCACUGGAAGAAGAGCCCCUGGAGCAGCAUCGGACACCAACACAGAAGCUGAAGAGCCCUAAGCAUCGCAGAGAUGCCAAGUUUGAAGGAACUCGAAUUCCACACCUCGUGAAGAAAAGGCGGUACCAGAAGCAGGACAGUGAAAACGAGAGUGAGACCAGUGAACAGAGCCAUGAUGAUUAUGUCUUGGAAAAGCUUUUCAAAAAGUCAGUCGGUGUGCACAGUGUCAUGAAACACGAUGCCAUCAUGGAUGGAGCCAAUCCGGAUUAUGUGCUGGUGGAGGCAGAGGCCAACCGGGUGGCCCAGGAUGCCCUGAAAGCGCUGAGGCUCUCCCGCCAGCAGUGUCUGGGAGCGGCGUCUGGUGUUCCCACCUGGACGGGCCACCGGGGGGUUUCUGGCACACCAGCAGGAACAAAGAGUAGAUUUGGUCAGAAAAGGAAUUCCAGCUUCUCUGUGCAGCAUCCUUCUUCAACAUCUUCAAAGGAGAAAUGCCAGGAUGGUGUCACAAGAAAGGAUGGAAAGGAUAAUGCUUCUGAGCACUUCAGUGGAAAAGUGGAAGAUGCAGAGUCUUCACCCGGGUCCCUCUCUUCGUCUUUACUGUUGGCUAAAAUGAGAGCUAGGAACCACCUGAUUCUGCCAGAGCGGCUGGAAAGUGAAAAUGCGCACCAAGAGGCAUCUGUUCCACCCUCCUCCACCACUGAGCAUGAUGACCUACUGGUGGAAAUGAGAAACUUCAUUGCUUUUCAGGCCCGUGUUGAUGGCCAGGCCAGCACUCGCGAGAUACUGCAGGCGUUCGAAUCCAAGUUAUCAGCCUCACAGUCUUGUGUCUUUCGAGAACUGUUGCGAAAUCUUUGCACUUUUCAUAGAACUUCUAGUGGUGAAGGAAUAUGGAAACUUAAGCCAGAAUACUGCUGAUCAACAUUACUUUUUAAACUUUCAGUUUCCUAAUGGAAAUGUCUAUUGAUUAUGGGAUUAAUAAUCAUGUUCGUCAACAGAAGUUUGCUGCAUUUGAUGUUUACUUUGAAUGAUAUCUACCUCAUAAUUUAAAACUUUAAGGAAGAAGAAAUUCAUCUCUAAAACUUAAAAGUUUUAAAAAUAUGUGGGUUGAUUAUUUUAUUCUGACCCUAUGAAUUAAUGUUGCAAAAUCAGGGACCAGUUAAUCCUUGGAUCACAUUUGUUCCUUUACCCAAAAGAUGCCGUCAGGGAGCACAUUACUGCUCAUUUAGAUGUUUGUAGACCAGAAAUCUCAAGAAUUAUUUUUACUGGUGCUAAAAACAUGUCUUAUAUUCAGUCAGACCUGUUCAAUAAAUUAGUUCACCAAUAUUUGAUAACAGAUACUUAUUUUUGGUGCGUAGCUUUUAAACGUUUAAAUUUAUCAUUUGCCACACAUAAAAAAUGAGACUUACUGUCUUUUGAAUAUACUAAUUGCCUUUAAAUAGUCUUCCUUUUAAGGUACUGUAAAUUGGCAGGUAUUUUUCAUUAGUAAAGCAUGAAAUAGCGUGGUAAUAAAUGAUGAGACCUGUACUUGCAGAAGGUUGUAGUGUACUCAGCUUAUAUUGGCUUAGCUUUAAGCAAAGGGCAUCUUUUUACCCCCUAUGGGGACUCUUGGUUUUAGGAAAAUAAAAUAUAUUAUCUUAACACAAACCUUAAGCAGAACCAAAAGUGGGUACAAAUAGAACACACACAUGCACAGAAACAUCACUCCAGACCACAGCUGAUAUGCCAUGAUUGCCAUGUAGUGACCACCACUGUGGCCCACUCUCUCUGCUUGUGCGCUGGGAGGCGACUUGGAGCAUUUUUAAUUUUAUUUAUUGUUUGCUUUUCUAAGGAUGCUGAUUACUUUGUAAUGGGCACCAUUGUUCUCCUUAUGUAUCAUCUUCUUUCCAGUUGUUUUCACCUCUCUUUGUCCUUUGCAUUCCGUGACUCUCCUGUACUAGACAUUUGGUUUUCAGCUGUUUUCUGGCUGUUGCUUAUGUGUUUAUAGUUCUGUGAUGGUGUCGUUUUGAUCCUCAGUUUGUUUUCCUAGCUUUGAUAUUCUUGUUUCCUUCUCUUUGUUGUUUUAUCAUCUCAGCACUGAAGUCUGGUUUUCUUAAAUUCAUUACACUGCUUAAAUUUCUUCUAGAGCUGUCACAAUGCAGUUUGUUUCUUGGGUUUGUUCUCUGUGGCAUGCUGUUUUUCCUCUCUGCUUUUUCUCUAUCAUGCUUGCCUUCCUCCAUGCCAUUUCUUUACAUCUUGCUUAUGUUGCAAGUGAGCAGCUCUGUCCAUAUCUGUAUGCUCUUCCCUGUGACCCAGAGAGAAGGGAUUUGGGUUUGGGGGUUGGGAAGAGCCUCUGCUGGGCACCAUGCAGCUCUGGUUGGAGGAUUUGCAUUUUACCCCUCUGUUCGGAGAUUUUGUUAAAUAGCUCGGGCCAAAGAAUCCCUCCCCCUAGGCAGGAGAUGUCAUAGAGUCAUGAUUCCCACCAGGAUUUUCUGCUGCCUUUUUUUUUUUUGAAUUCUGGCCUACUCAUUUUAUUCUGUUUUUAGAGUGAUUUAUGUAUUGGAGGAAAAAGAUUCUAUUAUUUUCUUCAGUCUGCUAUCAUUAUCUAGAAGUCAUAGAAGGGAUUUUUAAACAGCUCAAUAAAUCCUAAACUUGAGAAUUUGGCUCAGAAGGGAGUCAAAACUCAUGACAGUUUUGUUUCUGGGAAGUUCUUUUUUUAUUUUUAUUUUUGUAUUCAUUAGCCUGUAAGAAAAUUGCUUCCCUCUUAUUCUCAGAUUGAAUGCAGUUCAUUAUCUUUCUGAAAUCUGAACUCUACUGAGAGAAGUUUUUUUUUUUUUUUUUAAAGAUUUAUUUAUUUGAGAGAGAGAGUGAGAGCACGA